CAAGAUUUUUUUUACGGCAUGAGAUUUUGCGUAUUAAAGAAAUAUCCGCGAGAGUUAAGGACAUGUUCAAGGACUCGAUGGAAAAACCAUCGGGUAACGUAUUUAUUUUCGCGCUAGCCGCACAACAUACACGCGUGUAUACACAGAUGACUCGGAACUCUUUGUAUUGUAUUAGUUAGCGCUGUUCGUGGCUCAUCUUGUUGGGGACGACACGAUCUGAAAAAGAGACCAGGAAACGGAUUCAGAGAGAUAAUCGAUAUCGAUUUGACUUUUACAGUGAAACAGGACAAUAAAUAUGUCAGACGAUAAUUCGCCCGUGGUGGAGGAGCAAAAAAAGAAGAGGGGCAGGCCGGCUAAGGCGGACAAGAACGCUGUUAAGGAGCCCAAAAAGAGGGGUAGACCCGCCGCGGAAAAGAAUAACGCGGUACGCGCCGCCAAGUCUGACAAUGAGGAUGACGCACCACCUGGACCUGUUAAAAAAGGAAGGGGUAGACCCAAGGGAUCCCACAAGAAGAAGCAAGGACCACCAAAAGGCACAACUACUUCGUCACGUGGCCGUGGCAGACCGAAAAAGACAGAAGAGAAACCCGAGCUCACUGGUGAGGAUGAAGACGAGCAAGAAGAGGAGGAGGAAGAGGAGGAGAAUUGAAGCAUCCCGAGAUGCAAUAGAGGAGGACGAAACUAACACAGCUGACUUAUCCUUCGAAGAUUUUUAAAUAGAAAAUUGAAUUCAAUUUAAUCAUUUCAAGAUUUACUUUUCUUUCAUUUUAACCCGGUUAACUUUUGAGCGAGUGAUGAAACGGUGGACAUUGUUCUCGCCGAUCACCGGAGUUUUCUGUGGAACUCCGGUUCCCGGUGCGCAUUGCCACCCACUGAUAAAUUAAAAAAGAAACGUUGGAUGCAAAAGUUGUGUUACAAAUUUAUUAAGUUCUUUAUAUUUACUCGACAUCACUACUAUUAAUGAUAAAUGAAAUCAUACUUUUAAGUACUACGUACGUGUAACCUUCUUUAACAGUAAAAGACUGGAUUAAAAUGCAGAUCUCAAAACUUUUUUUUCACUUGCCCGAGAAAUGAGGUUUGAUAAACUUUUUUUUAAUUAAAAAAAACUUAACGCAGUAUAGAAUAUUGUGUCACAUGUUUGCUACCUCCUUUUCUCCUUCAUCUACAUAUUACGCGAUUCAUGAAGCAAAAAAAA